CUUCAAUCAUAUGUUAAUCAACAUGACGCCACGUCUGAAGCGCUGCAUCAUAAAUUGUCUGAAUUUAAUUCUCCUGACUUUGAUUCUGAUCUAUGUGCUGAGCAUUCGACGCAUCUACAAAAUGGAAACGAAGUAUCAACCAGCCAACUGUUUCCUUAACAAGAAUGAGUUAGACGACUCUCUUGGAAUUCCACUGGAGGAUGUGCUGCUAUCCGAAGUGGAACCAAUAAUUGAAAGCACCAUUUUCUUCAUCGAUACGAGCUGUCCUUCGAAUGGAAACAUCUUAGAGUUGACUGCACGCCAAGCAUGUGCCAUUGAAUCUGCGGCCUUCAAUAAUGACAUUUACCAAAUAUUUGUGCUCUUCGCCAGUCCCAGAUAUCAGCAACAGGAGGGAAAAAGACAUCCGCUGAUUGAUGCCAUCUUAAGCUAUCCCAAUGUGCAGCUGCGUCAAGUGAAUCUAAUGCGUUACGCUGCCGGCACGCCCAUUGAGGAUUGGCUGAAGAAGGGUGAGCUCUUUAAAUCGAGCUAUCUGAGCACACAUCUGGCGGAUGUGUUGCGCUUACUUACGCUCUAUCGCUUUGGUGGCAUCUGUGUGCACCUGGAUACAAUGAUUUUGAAUACUGUGACGGUAUUGCCGUUAAACUAUGCGGGUGCCGAUCUUGAUAACCAAAUUUCUACUGCUAUGUUAAGCUUGACCUCGACUGGAUUUGGCCAUCAGUUUGCCGGAGAUUGUUUGCGCGACCUUCAGCAGAGUUUUGAUGCCAACAACAGACACACGAGUGGACGAGAUGUCAUCACGCGUGCUCUGCAGAGAGCUUGUGGCACAUUCAACGUUGCCGAGAUGCGGAAUAAUCCAAAGGGCUGUCAAAGCUUUCAACUGUAUAAUCACACACAAUUCUUACCGAUUAAACCCGCAGAUUGGCGCCAACUGUUUGAGGAAGAGUUUCUCGACGAAGUGCUGCAACAGACAAGGGGAGUCUCUUUUAUGCUGCACUUGUGGCACAGCAAGUCGCACAAAGAGCGCAUCAAGCGGGGCACAAAGGCAGCGUAUACGCAAUAUGCUCGACGUCAUUGUCCCAAAGCCUAUGCAGCAGCUGGUGAAUAUUUUUAA